AAGGAUAUCCAAAUGCCAGGCGAUGCGCCACCUCUUGAGCUUGCCAAUAUUCGUCCGGAUUAUCAUACGUUUGCGUGAUCGAAGCAAUGCCAACUCGAAACAAUAAGCAAAUGCCAAAGAUGAUCAUGCGCGAAUUGCGAUUGGAUGCAUAGACCUUUCGUAGUUCUUCUUCUGAUAUUGAAGGUUCCGACAUGGGUUCUUUUGCUUGAGCGGAUUUUUGUCGUUUCCGAUUCUUUGCUGCUAUGGGCAUUGUAUCGAAAGCUUUCAAGGCGUGUUUGUUGGUAACUGAGACUGAAUUACUGUCCGCUUGAAAUUUCAACCCACCGUUUUUGAAAGGUCGUACAGUAAGUCAAGUGACCACCACCGUCUCCGAACAGCAAAGCCAGUUUGGUCUCUUUCAGUCUUUAUCACCAAUCUACAUGCGCACACUCCCCACUGAAUUAAUUAACGAGAUCCUAUGCUAUUUACCCUUUCAAGACCUCUGGAAGCUUUUCAAAACCCCAAGCUAUGACGCUGAUCCUCUCAAAGGCAUGCUCUUAUGUGCUAUGCGUCGGGCUCAUGGCUUUGACUUCAGCCACCAAGGCUUCCAGCACGAGAUCACUAUGCAACUUGCAGAACUAGAGAUACGAAUACGGGAUGGAAAAAGGAAAGCAAGAAAGCACAAGGCAUCAUGUAUUGAAUCUCUGGCUAAGCAUAAUUCGAAAACUAUCUGUAAAUACUUUGAUCAAGCCUUCUCCCAGGAAGUUGAUGAUAAGCAACGUUGUUGUAUGGACACUCUUAUUCACUAUGUCAACGAGAUAGCCCUGGCCAUACUUCGGCAGAGUCUUAAUAUGACCACGAUACCUGUGACUCUUGUUACCUUGCAUUUUAAAAUCUGUCAAUACCUUUUGAGCGCCUGGGAAGCUCCGACCCCACGAACCUAUCAGCGACUGCACAGUUUCCUAUGGUCGCUUCCCUACAACGAAAGUGUGGAACUUUUUUCUUCACUUGAAGGAUCGCUAUGGUUUGUCUCGCAAGAAGCGUUUGUUGACAUUUUAAAACGCAACCUAGGAAUAAAAAACGAUGGCACUCGCUCUUCAUCGUCAGCCACGUCGUCAAAAGAUAAGAUUUUUGACCUUUAUGUGUCAAGAACCCAUUCCCCCAAAGAAGCGCUUAUCAGAAUAGCUAUCAUCUGUGGCAUCUAUAUGAAUCUGGGAGGCAGCAUUGUCGAAAGUCCGGGUACUAUUGAAGAUCCCAAUGACAUGUUUACCUUGUGCUUCUCCGUUUGUGAAAGCGAGGCUUUCAAUACCAACGACAAGAUUUUAGUAAGCAGCUGCAUCUUGUGUUUCCUGAUCAAAUGCGAUAGCUCCCGAUGGACACUGCCUACCUUUGGAAAAACAAUGGAAAGCUGGCAAUUGAGGUCUGAAGCAUGUCUACAGCAAGAGAAUGUACAGGAAUCUGAGGAACUACAGCUAAUACUGAAGGUAAUAUUUUUUUUUUUUUUGGCUUUGUUUUAUGGUCACUGUUUACGUUAUCAUUCGUUUGAUCCGAUCCAUUUUUCUGAUAUCCUCUUGACCUACAGCUUAUUUGUUCUCUCGAUAACGGAUUCAAUGUUUCCAAGCUGCUGAAAGAUGAUAUCAUACCAUUGGAUUCAGAAUUCUAUCAAAUCGCCCAACGCUCCAUAUCCACCGCCCCUCGAUUUAGCUCUUUCUCAACCAUAGCCCAGUGUCAAUCCCUCCUGUAUGAUAGCGCCUUUUGAAGGCUAUUUGUAACAUAAUUCUGAUUCCGUUUUAAUUCCCCUUCGCUUCACCAAUUGCUAUACCCCUUCUCUUCUACUGUCAU